GAUGUGCCAGCCGGCCGCUCCAGUGCCGCAGCCUCGCGGCUCUCGCAGGGCUGCGGGCCGGCAGCGGGGCCCCUCGGGGCUGCGCCUGGCGAUGUCCCCCCGGUGGCAGCCUGGGCGGCCCGCGGCGCGUCGCUCGCUGCCGGGCGUGUGCCAUGUCCUCGCUGGUGAAGGAGGACCUGGCCAAGAGGCUCUUCGGGCCGCGGAGGCUGCGGCUUCAAGAGUUCAUCGAGGUGGAAGGCUCGGGCUCGGAGCGCUGCUACCUGUGCGCCGCAGUACCCCCAAGGAUUCACUGUCAAAGUAAUCAGGAUACGUGGAUUAUCCCCACGGUUCCAGUGCUGGAGUUGGGUCUUCACUGCACUGUUGUGUCUAAAAGUGAAGAAGUAGAAAUAUGUAUGGUAAAACACUUUCGAGAUCGAGAAGAGAAAUAUGAAGUAGUUGAAAAGUGGUUUUUAAAAGAUCUGGAGAUGAUUGAUGGAAAAGAAGCAGAUACUGAUAAUCCAUAUUUUGAUAUGCACUUCCACAAAGUCUACAGUAUGGAGGCAUACAGUUGUGCAUCUAAAUACACCUUUGCUCGAACGCUAAGCAAUCUGAAUGAAACGUAUCUUAAAAAGGACUUGAAGAUUGUGAACUUUGAUAGCACCUACCUAAACGAUGAUUCGAUCUGGUCAUCCAACAAUAGGGAUUGUUUAGUACUUAUGAGAAUAUGCUUCUAUGCUUCCAACCUUUUAUGUCUCUCCUUGUGUCCUUUGUCCUGAAGAUGUAUUUUAUAACAUUAAGGGGUCUGGUUGAUUUUGCUAACCAGCAUUUUAUAAAUUAUCUGAUGAAAAUAACAAUAAAUGAUACGGGAUAUCUGCUUUUUAAUUUUACCUAUAAGUCCACAGAGGAACCUCUUUUUUUUUUUUAAUAUCCAUCUGACCAUUAAUUUAUAUGUGUUAGAAGGGCCUUACUGGCAAAUAGAAAUACAUGAGGCUUUCAAAAAAAAAAGGAGAGUGAUUCCUAAGUUCAGUGGUGGUUGUUAAUGUAAGAUAAGUUUACCGUUUGCUAUAUGUUUAUGGAGGUAUAAAUCAUUUUUCAUGAAUAGCUAGAAAUAUUGGUAAAUAUUUUAAGAGCAUUAGCAGUUCAUUUACAUCCUAAAGUAGAAAAAUAAAGCAAGAAAAAUGAA